GUGAAAAAGAAACAGUGUAUACCGAUGUAUACUUCUUGAACACAUUGUGUGGCUCAAUUCGCUUGUCAUCGGACAGCCAUGACGUCUCUGCUGCUGCGUCCAUCGCAGCUUCUGCUACGCUCGCAACGUUCUGCGCUCGCUCCAAUCCUCCGUAAGACAGCAGCGUUUAGCUCAUCUGCAGGCAAUUCCAGCUCCCCAUCAAGCCUCACGUCGCUGCAGAAGGCGUCACUUGGCCUGGCUGCUAUGUUCGGCGGUGGCUACGCUAUCGGCUACUUCUUCGGGCCCUUCCCGUCGCUCGAAGACCUCACGGGCGUUAAGGCUGUAAGCGGAGCCCCCGAGUACAAGGGCGAGCUCAUCGUAACAGACAAAGUAUUUUUCGAUAUCGGCAUCAACGACGACUACGUGGGCAAGAUCGUCAUGGGAUUAUACGGAGAAGUACAGCCACGAACGGUAGAGAACUUCCGUGCACUGUGUACCGGCGAGAAGGGCGCGUCUCGUGCAGGCCCGCCGCUCUGGUACAAGGACUCCAAGUUUCACCGCAUCAUCCCCGGCUUCAUGAUCCAGGGUGGUGACUUCACGCAGCACAAUGGACGCGGUGGAGAGUCGAUUUAUGGACGUCGCUUUGACGAUGAAGACCUGAGUGUGCCUCAUGCUGGUCCCGGUACGUUAAGUAUGGCGAACGCUGGCGCUAACACGAACGGCAGUCAGUUCUUCAUCUGCACGGGUGACACGCCAUGGCUAGAUGGCAAGCACGUUGUGUUUGGACGUGUGUUGGAAGGUAUGGACGUCGUGGACAUCAUCUCGAGCUGCGGACGACGCUCUGGCAAGCCCAUGGCCGACGUCAAGAUCAUCAACUGCGGUGUACUGGAAGACCAAAGUGGCGCUGCAGACAAGAACGAGCCGAAGCGCUUGACGCGCGAAGAAAUGCAGGAUCGCCUGGACUCGCUUCGUGAGGUGGAAGGCAACUUUAUGGCGCAGAAGGACCAGAUCGACCCCAGCAUGUACAACCAGCUGAUGGCUGAGAUCAAACACGAGAAACUUCGUAUUAAGAAGGAGCUCAAGAAGCCUCAGCCGAAGGAAUGAACUUAAUCGUGAAGAGGGUAAACGAAAUACUGUCGAGCGAGAAACGACUUGCAUUAUGUAGCGGUACACUGGCAUGAUCUGGCCCGGCUUAUAUAUACAUGGUAUAUAUGGUAUGCGGUAGCCAGUGUAGGCAGCGAUAUCGAUCUUUUUUGUGGAAUAGUACGGAUACCUCUCGAUAGUCAAGUCGAUCUCUGUGCCGGAGCCUCCUGUCCGGAGAUCAAUCACUCGAAAGAAUUCUUGAAGAUUGUUGUGCUCGAGCUGCGUGGGAGAACAAGAAGAUAGUUGAGGUAAUUGUGCUAAUUUCUCAAGCAGAUUUUAAUGGGCACAAGCUAUCAACCCGGUCGAUAACUACGUGGACUUGAAGUGUACGUAUACCAUUGAACAUGUAUUGCACCUCGCCAGACCAGCUCAUUUCAUGACGUCAGAACACAGUUGCAACUUUUGCUGUCCGUGAAUCUUGAAGAGGUCUGAAUAGUAAAAGCCUUCGCCUUCAGUAACCGUACCACAAACAAGGUGACUCCUGGUUAGUCGCUUAAAUGCAAUGUGAAACU